GCAAGCGUAGUCUGUGCUAGUCAGUAUCAAAUAACAGCGCGCCGGGUGUGUGCGCGCGUUCUGAAUUCGAUUUUUAAAAGUUUAUUUAUUUUUUAAGUGGUUAGCUAGGGAAAUACGAAAAAUGGCCUGUCCUAUGAGGUCAAUGGAAGAUUCAGGCCAGGAUGGCAGCCACCUGGGCAACGAGGCCGGGAUGCUGUAUGGGGAGUACCUCAUGCUGGACAAGCUGCUCAGCGCCCAGAGGAUGCUCAGCGCCGAGUCUUCCAGGCCGGUCCAUGACGAGCACCUAUUCAUAGUCACUCAUCAAGCAUACGAGCUCUGGUUCAAACAGAUCAUAUACGAGGUAGACUCUGUCAGGUCGUUACUGGAUGUGGAAGGGUUGGACGAGAGUCACACAAUGGAGAUCUUGAAGAGACUUAACAGAGUGGUUUUAAUUCUUAAGCUGCUGGUGGACCAAGUGAUGAUCUUGGAGACCAUGACUCCACUAGAUUUCAUGGACUUCCGAAACUACCUCCGACCUGCCUCCGGGUUUCAGAGCCUACAGUUUCGUCUCUUGGAAAAUAAGUUGGGACUGAAGCAGGCUUUACGAGUGAAAUACAACCAGAAUUACCAGACCGUCUUCGGUGACGAUCCUGCCGCCAUGGACGCAUUACACAAAUCAGAACAAGAGCCAGCCCUCCUUGCCCUUAUAGAGCGGUGGUUAGAACGCACGCCUGGACUUCAAGCUCACGGGUUCAAUUUCUGGGGCAAGUUCCAAGCGGCCGUGAACAAAACUAUCACGGAUGAUAUUGAAGCUGCUAUGACGGAACCCAACGAGAAUGUUCGCCAGCACCGCCUGCAGGACGCUGAGAAUCGCCGGGAGAUCUACCGCUCCAUCUUCGACCCUAAAGUCCAUAACGCAUUGAGGUCCCGGGGAGAGAGGAGGUUAUCGCACAGAGCUCUGCAGGGCGCCAUCAUGAUCACCAUCUACCGCGACGAGCCGCGCUUCUCUCAGCCCCACCAGCUGCUGACGCUGCUCAUGGACAUCGACAGCCUCAUCACCAAAUGGCGGUAUAACCACGUGAUCAUGGUGCAGCGCAUGAUAGGAUCCCAGCAGCUGGGCACUGGUGGUUCUUCAGGGUACCAGUACCUUCGGUCCACACUCAGCGACCGCUACAAAGUAUUCUUGGACCUGUUCAACCUGUCGACAUUCCUGCUGCCUCGCUCCCUGAUCCCCCCCCUGGAUGACGGCAUGAAGAAGAGCCUGAACCUCACGUGGGGGGACAACGUCCAGGAGAACGGGAACGAAGGCGGCGACAUUGACAAGUUGGAGAUAGCGUGAUCUGAUAACAUCUUGUAGUGAUAAAGUCUUGAUGAAUUAAUGUAUGCUGUUAGUAGGCACUGGUACCCAAUAAAAAAAUGUAUAUUCUUAGUGUCUCAUUGAAUACUAGUAGGUAUUUCUCGACCAAAUUAUGUUCAUGAAUCUGAUAAUAGACUAAGGGAUAGGCUUAUAAACUUGGUUUUCUUACUAUUUGAAUCUCAAUCCUAUCUUAAAGCCAAAUAGCUGAACGUGGCCAAUCAGUCUUUUCGAGACUGUUGGCUCUGUCUACCCCGCAAGGGAUAAAGAUGUGACUAUAUGUAUGAAUGUAUGUAUCUGAUAUUAAGAUGUAGAGAUUACUUUAAAAAUUAUGUGUUUUAAUAAAAAUUAAAAAAUUAAGGUAUUCUUAAAAAAAAUUGCGUAUUACUGAUGUGAUGCCAUUUUGUGUGAACUGUAAAGUUUAUAUUACGACUUAUAAUUCCUACAGACAUACCUACAUGAAAUAACACAUCUUUUCCGGAGAUGAAGACAGAGAAUUUCUAUCUGAAUUUUACCUAGGUAUCCCAAGUACUAUAGCUAAUCUAAAAAAAAAUAAUGGGUGAAUUGAGAGGCUCCUCUUUUACUUGAAGUCUGUUAAAAAUCGGCUAUGGCUAGUGUCUAAAGAGCAGGAUAUUAUCUAUGUAGGAACUUUCAACAUGCAUACUGUAAUAAAUUAAUAUAUACUAAUAUUAUUAAGCUGAAGAGUUUGUUUGAAUGCGCUAAUCUCAGGAACGUUUAAAAGUUGAAUUGAAAAAUUAUUUUUGUGUUUUAUAGACCAUUUAUCGAGGAAGGCUUUAGGCUAUAUAACAUCACCCUGCAACUAUAAGGAGCAAAGAAAUAAUGGAAAAUGUGAAAAAAACGGGGAAUAUUAUUCAUCCUUGAGGGCUUAAAUGAUGCCCAAAAUAUUCCACGCCGACGAAGUCGCGGGCAUAGUAUUUUAUAACAAAAACACAGACAUCUAAUUUUUUAAAGAAUUCUGUAAAGGGCUCCUACUUAUAAUUGGUCUUGAGCAAAUUUGAAUGACGUGGAAAAGAACAAUUUUAUGAAUAUCUUUAAUUAUAGAUAACAUUAUGAUAAAUCUCGUCUGAAUCUACUCUGCUUAUCAUAACACAAUGUCUAGGUUAUCGCAAGACAUUUGAAUUUUAAUUAAAACCUUAUAAGCGUAGGUAACCAAAAGCAUUUCCAGUUACAAAAUUUUCUGUUUUAUUAUACUUAGUAGGUAUAUUAAUUUCGUAAAUUUCCAUUCAUAUACAUGAGAUGGAGCGUUUUUGUAUUACCUAUUAUAUCUGUAACACUUAAUCUAUUGCUUUUUGUAGGUACCUAUAAGGGAUUCUUAUGCAAUAUCGAGUAAUAAUUUAUGCCGAAAUAUUUUAAAUGAAUUAAAAAGAAAAUAUCGUUACACAGCAAUCUCAAUCAUAUUAUGUACUCGUAAAUUUAUUGGUAGUUAAAUAUCUACU